UGUAAACAAACCAGCAUGUGUGGAAUAUUUUGUGAAUUUUCAAACAAAAAUGACUCAAAUUCCGAAUGCAGCGAUUGUCAAAUCCUCGAAAAAUUAAAAAUCAACUUAAACAGACGUGGUCCAAAUAAAAUUCAUGAAGAAAAUAUCGACGACAUCAAAUUUUAUGGAACUGUCCUUCAUCAUCAAGGCCUUGAACCAACAAUUCAACCCGUUGUCACUGAAAAUUUCGUUCUUUUAUUCAAUGGAGACCUUUUCAUGGACUUGCAACUCGAUGGUCAAAGCGAUACUGACUACUUGAAAUCCCUUCUUGAGGAAGUAAAAGACGAAAAUUCAUUGAAAAAAAUUUUUGAAAGUCUCCGAGGACCUUAUUCACUGAUUUUAUACCAUAAAAAAUGGAAGAAAUUAUAUUUCGCUCGAGACCCAAUGGGACGAAAUUCGUUAAUAAUCGGAAAAAUCAACGACAAAGUCAUUAUUUCGAGCAUUUGUUGUUACGAUUUGGCUGAUUUUUGUAUGGAAGUCCCUCCAAUUGGGCUGUUUUCGGUAAAUUUAGCUGAAAAUGGGGACUUUUCAGUGUUUCCGUGGUACGAAACGACUUCUCAUGAAUUUUAUCAGGAGCAAAUUGACGUUUUUAAUACGAAACUAAAGCAAAAUUUGACAGUUUUUGAUGAAAAAAAGAUAAUUUUACCUUGGCUCGAGUGUUUGGAGGUAGAAAAUUUCACGUUAAAUGACUUUUUGGACUUUCCAAGUGCAGAAAAUGUUCCUGAAAGCAUAGAAAAAAAUUGUAAAAAUUUUUUAAAGGCAUUAUCGAAGAGUGUUCAAGAGCGAGUAACUCUCACAACGGAAAAUUGCAAAAAAUGUUACAACCAAAAUACGAUUUGUAGCCAUUGUCGCAUCGGAAUUCUCUUCUCCGGAGGUCUAGAUUGCUCGAUUUUAGCAAUUUUAGCUGACAAACACGUUCCAAAGUCGCAACCGAUCGAUUUAUUUAACGUCGCUUUCGAAAAAAUCCGCAAAAAUUCAAGUCAAAGCAUCAAUUGGGACGUUCCUGAUCGCUUGACAGCCAAAGAAACGUUAAAAGAGCUUCGUGAAAUUCGUCCGGAGCGACUUUGGAAUCUCGUGGAAGUCAAUGUCACCCGUGAAGAAUUAAAUUUCGAGCUAAAAACGCAUUUACGUGACAUAAUUUCGCCUUCGAAGAACAUUUUGGACGAAUCUUUGGGAGCAGCUUUGUGGUUUGCGGCUCGCGGCAAGGGAAUUCUCGAUGAAAAUCCGUACGAAUCAACUUGUCGCGUGUUAUUGGUCGGUUCGGGAGCUGACGAACUGUUUGGAGGUUAUUCGCGACAUCGAAACGCCUUCAAAAGAGCAGAAAAUCCGGAAAUUUCGUUGGAAAAUGAACUGAAUCUCGAUUGGAUUCGACUUCCGAACAGGAAUUUGGCGCGCGAUGACAGAGUAAUUUCCGAUAAUUCAGCGACUCCGAGGGCGCCGUAUUUGCAAGAAGACGUAAUUCAGUUUGUGAGGAGCUUGAAAGCGAGUCAGCGGUGUAAUUUGAAGCUGGAAGGCGGAGUUGGGGAUAAAAUGUUCCUGAGGUUGUGUGCGCAGAGCUUGGGUUUGAGGAGAUGUUGUUUCUUUAAAAAGCGGGCGUUGCAGUUUGGGUCGAGAAUUGCUGAUAGUCGACAGAAAGGAGAUGCUGUGUCGUCCUUUUUUCAAGAAUAAAUUAAAAUUUUGUAUUAAAAAUUUGUAAUUUUAUAC